AUGUCUCAUCUAUCUCAAGCUCACGUUAAACAUCUAUACGAACAGUUCGGGGAACUGAAAGUCCUCGACGACAUUAUCCGUCACAGGGCUGCCGAUGAUCCACCCGCGCCAAUUCUUGCAUAUCCACGCCCGAACACUGUAGCAGACUAUGAGUACUUCACGGGGAAAGAUCUAGAUCGACUGAUCAACGGAGCUGCGUUGCAAUAUCUAUCCCUGGGAUUGAAUCUAAAUGAACACAAAGUCGUUGGCCUCCUAGCCCCGUCUAAUAUCGACUUUAUCGUCUCUUUCUUUGCACUUAGCCGGCUCGGUCAUACGGUCUUGGCCCUGUCUCUGCGCAUUGCUCCUGUUGCAGUGGUCAAUCUUCUCAAGCAGACGGCAUGCAGCACUAUUGUGCAUGGAGACACGACACAGAUCCGGUCGACACUGCAAAGCCUUGACGCCGAUUUCCCAAUCAGCACUUAUACCCUUCCCCUGCGCAGCGAAUAUGACCAACCCUCGCGGAGGCCCGAGGAGCGCCUCGUCCGGCAUAUCGACCGAGAGAAGGAGAACACCGAGAUUGCGCUGAUUAUGCACUCCUCCGGCUCGACUGGGCUCCCCAAAGCGGUGAUGCUGACGCACCGAGCCUUACUCACCCAUCCCACGCAGGGGUCAGGAUUGCACAAUUUCAACGCCCUGCCGUGGUACCACCUCUACGGCGUGUCGACGUCGCUGCAGGCGAUGUGGAUGCGCAGGACAGCACAUUUGUAUAAUGCCGCGAUGCCGAUCACGUCGGACGCACUGAUUCAGAUCCUCGAAAUAGUGAAGCCGGAGGCUGUUCAUACAGUGCCGUACGUGCUGGGUCUGAUGGCGGAGAAGCCUCGGGGGGUUGAGCUUCUGCGAAGAUGCCAGGUUGUGACGGGGGCAGGCGCACGUACCCCCGACGAGUUGGGAGAUCGACUGGUCCGCGAGGGAGUCAACCUAGGAAUUGUAUUCGGGACGACGGAAGCUGGACUCGCAGGCGAUACGAUGCGACGAGCCAAAGGCGAUGACUCAUGGAACUUUAUCCGAAUCUAUGCCAACAUCCGGGAUAACGUGGUUAUGAAGGAUAUUGGUGACGGACUUUACGAGUGCGUCUAUCUCAAGGGCCAUCCGGCCUUGUCGACAUCAAACUCGGACGACCCAGCCCCUGGAUCGUGGCAUUCCAAGGACGUCUUCAUGCCUCAUGCGAGCAUUCCAGACGUCUGGAAGUACGUCACUCGCAUCGAUGAUCGGAUUACCCUCGUCAACGGAGAAAAGGUGCUUCCACUUCCUAUUGAAGGCCGGAUCCGCGAAGACGAGCUUGUUCGCGAGGCCGUCGUCGUCGGUGUCGAUAGAACGAUUCCGGGCCUCUUAGUCUUCCGCGCACCUGCAGGCGAUGAUAUGCCCGAAGAUGACUACCUCGAUGCCAUUUGGCCGGCGAUUGCCGACGCGAAUACCCGAGCAGAAGGGUUCUCUCAGAUUACCAGGGAGAUGGUGGCCCUAAUCCCCUCGAACGUGGCGUAUCCUCAAACCGACAAGAGGAGCAUCAUCCGCGCCCAAGUCUACCGCCAAUUCGCGGAGCAGAUCGAGAGUAUGUAUACGCGACUGGACGGAGAGCAAGAAGGAUUACUCCUACUAGAUCUCCCCGGAUUAGAGGCAUGUCUUCAGACCAUCUUCCACGACAUCGUCGGGGUGGCGGUUGAGUCUUUGGAGACGGACCUUUUCACGGCCGGAGUAGACAGUCUCAAGGCGAUUCAGAUGCGUCGAGUGAUUCAGAAGACCAUCGCGUUGAACGGCCAUACCCUACCGCAGAAUAUCGUGUACACCAAAGGAAACAUCCGCAGACUGGCUGGGUAUCUGCAUGCUCUGGUCAAUCAGACUGAGAAGGUAGUCGAUGACAAGGAGACCAGUGUGGCGACCUUGAUUGAGCGAUAUUCUCGCUUCCAGGAGCACAAAUACCUGAACGGCGUGACCAACGGCCAUGGGCACAACGAUCAACGAAAUGCCGUGAUCCUCACCGGCGCCACCGGCUCCAUUGGCGCGCAUCUCCUGCACCAGCUCCUGACCCUUGAAACCAUCGAUAUUAUCUACUGCUUCUGCCGCGGCAAAAAUCCCAUCCUUCGCGUCCUCCGCUCACUUGAAGCACGAGGCCUCACUCUCCCCCGACACCCUACGCGCACCGCCCAGAUAAUUGCCUUGACCACCGACCUCGACCAGCCCGAUUUCGGCCUGGACCAAGACACACUGCGGCAGCUGCGUCGAGACGUCUCGCUGAUCAUCCACAGCGCCUGGCCGGUGAACUUCAACAUCCCGCUGUCCAGCUUCGAGCCGCAUGUCGCGGGCCUGCAUCAUCUGCUGCAGUUCUCACUCUCCGUGCACCAACACAAUCCCGCACAGCUGUUCUUCUGCUCAUCCAUCUCAGCCGCGUGGAACGCUCCAGUCACCACACGUUCCAUCCCGGAGACGGCGCUCGAGGACCUCAGCUUCGCCGCUGGCAUGGGAUACGCGCAAUCGAAGCUCGUCGGCGAGCAUAUCGUCCGGAAUGCGGCGCGGCAGGGCGCACGGAGCUAUGUGCUUCGUAUCGGACAGGUCGUCGGAGACACAGACAAGGGGAUCUGGAACGCUGGGGAGAGUAUCCCGCUGAUGAUCCAGUCCGCUCAGUCGAUGAAAAUGCUGCCAGAUUUGAACGAGACAUGCAGCUGGCUUCCAGUCGAUAUCCUGGCCACCGCAAUCCUCGAGAUCGCAACGACAUGCGGUCGGGGUCCUCCGCCCCGAAAGACCAACGCCGCCCAUCCCGCUGUCUUCUAUAACCUCGUGAACCCGUCCGAGUUCGAAUGGCUGGAUGUACUUUCUCAGCUGCGUCGUGCGGGGCUGGAAUUUGGAAUCGUCCCAUUCUCGCAGUGGUUGGAUGCCUUGAGAGACAGCGCGGCGAGGGGUGAGGAGGAGCAGAAUCCGGCAAUCAAACUGGUCGAGUAUUAUGAAGAGACGUACGCGGCUGGGCGCAGGGGAAAACAGGCUAGGUUUGAGGUUGACUAUGCGAGGAGGGAUAGUGAGGUUAUGAGAGGGGCCUGCGAUGUGUUGGGGAUGGGGUUGGUGGAGAAGUUCUGGGAAGUGUGGCGGCGGGAGAAAUAGAGAUGGAAUAUCAUGUGCAGCGUGCUUCAAACCACCGAGGCCUUUGACAUCACGUCUAUGAUAUUUGAAGUAAUCAAUUCUUGCUUUUAAACUGAGCCAGGGGGGUUGGACCAUCUUUGCUUCUGGCUUAGUUUUAG